AUGUUAGACAAUUUAGAAGAUGAUAAAAUAUGUGCAAAAAAAAAAAGAAAAAAAAAAAAAAAAAAUGAUAAAAAAGUUGAAUCUAUAGGUUAUGAUAGAAAAAAUAAUUCAUCUAGUUCUACAAAAACAAAAAAACAUAUAAAUAAAAAAAUAGAACAAUCGAUAGUUAAUAAUAAGGAGGAACCAAAUGUAGACAAAUUAAUUAAAGAAAAUAUAAAUGAGAAAAAUGAAAAAUCUGAUAUAUCAAUUGAUGAUAAAAAUUUGGGGGAUAAAAUAAAGAAAGAAAAAAAGAAAAAAAAAAAAAAAAAAAAAAAAAAUGAACAAAGUUUACACAUUUCUAAUAUAUUAUAUGAUGAAAAAAAAAUAAUCAUUGACAAUAAUGAGACUUAUAAAAUACCAGUAGAAAAUGCAUCUAUUUUCGAAAACUUUGAAAAUACAAAUUGUUCAGAACAACAGAUGGUAGAACUCGAAAGUGCAGCAAAAACGAUUAUCAUGGACAAAAGUGAAAAAAAUAGUGAAAGCAAAAACGAAGAAGAUGAUUGUGCAGUAGAUGAAACAGAAAAAGACGAAAGGAAAGACGAAUUAUCAGAAAAUUUUAUGGGAUGUAAUAAAAUAGAAAAAAAUAAUAGCUUUGAAAAAAAAAAAAUAUAUGAAAUAAUAAAUAAGGAGGCUGGAAAUAUGGUUGAAUACAAUGAAAAGGAAAAUUCCCAAAAAAAACUACCCAGGAACUUUUCCUUAAUUAAGGAAAAAAAAAAAGAAGAAAUAAUUCCAACAAAUAUUAAAUAUUUAGGAACUAUUGAAAGCAAUAUAUGUAUUAUAAAUUCAUUCCAUGAUUUAUCAAGUAUUUCAUGUGAAGAAAAGAUUCAUGAUAGUUGCUCGGAUAGCUCAUUUGUUUAUCAAAACUUAAAUGAAAAUUUUAAUCUAUAUAUAUAUAUAAAAGAAAAUAGCAAUAAUUAUAAACAAAUAUUAAAAAAGAAUUUAGAUAUAUAUGAAAAGAAAUAUGUUGAAGAAAUUAUAUCACUUUUAGAAAAUAUAUUAAAAUUAUUAAUUGAAAAAAAGACAAAGGAUUCUAUCUUGACUUUUCAAAAAGAACAGAUUCAAGAAAGUCAAAAUCAAAUAAUGCAAAAAAAAGAAAUAUAUUUUAGUAAUAGUUCUGAAGAAGAUAAUGAAGAAAUUAUUAAAAAUUUUGAAAAAUAUAAUUAUAAUUCAGUAGAUGAAUCGGACGAACAAAAAGAUGUAAUAUAUUCAAACAAAAAUAUAAAUAAAAAAGUACUUCCUUCCAAAAAGGGUAUAUCUCUAUAUAGUGCAUCUGAUAAUAAUAAUAAUAAUGUUGAAAAAAUAGAGACAGAUAAAAAUAAAUCAUUAUCCAAAAAAAAAAAUAGAAUUUAUUCUAAUGUUAUAAAAUCCGAGAAUAUUUCAUCUAGUUUUGUUUCAAACUUAGACACAGAAAAUUCAAUUCGAAAAAAAGAGAAAAAGAUAGAUGAAGAAAAUCUUUAUGAAUAUAUAAAAAAAGAUACGAGCACAUAUAAUGAUACUCAAACAAUAAAAUUAUUUAAAAAUGAACAGAAAUUUCAAAUAAAAAAUGACAUUAUAGAUAGUGAAAUAGAAGAUGAUAAAGAUAAAUUGACAAAAAUAUUUUCAGAAAAUCAACAAAUAGAUAAAGAAGAAAAUGAAAAUUCGGAAAAUAUUUUUGAAACCAUAUUUAAAUGUUAUAUUACAGAUAAUCAAAUAAAAAAAAAAGGAAACAAAAAAGAAAAUAUUAAUAACGAAAAUGAUAAUAAUUUAAGAAAAAUGAAUACUGAAAUAAAUGGAGAUAAAACAAAAGGAAUGAUGAAUCUAGAAUUAUUUUUAACUUUUACUAAAAAUUAUAAAAUUAUAAAAAAUCUACUUACGAAAAAUGAGUUGGAAAAAAUAUUUAUAAAUGAAUGUAAAGGAAGUAUAUAUAUAACAUCAAAACAAUUUAAAAAAAUUUUAAUAGUAUGUGGACAAAUAGCUUUUACUAAACCACCACACAAAAAUAAUUAUACUGAUACUAAAAAAAUAUAUUCUUUGUUAACAUCUUGGCUUGUUAAUAAUUCGCCUGAACAUCAAAAGCCCAAACUAAUGAAAUAUAUUCCAUUAAAUUCUUGCACAUUUUUAAAUGAUAGCAAUAAAAAUCAUACUACAAAAUCGAGAGAUGCAAAAUAUAAUAUUUUAAAAAGUAGUAAAUCAUCUAUAUCGUUUAAAGACAAAUAUAAAAAAAAGUAA